AUGCGUUCUCACAAGAUGCACACAGUCAUGGCCACCCCAGCGCCCGCUGAGGUGUACAAUUGGCGUGUCUACAUAAUCGCUGUCAUCGCAUCGAUGGGCGCCUUCAUUUUUGGAUACGACCUGGCAUUUAUCGGCACGACUAUUACGCAGAAGUCCUUCAAAAAGGACUUUGGACUUCUGCAUGCUGAUGUGGAGAGGUCGGAUGCUUUCGCGGCCAAUAUCGUCUCGCUUCUCCAAGCUGGCUGCUUCUUCGGCUCACUACUCGCGGCUCCCAUCGGUGAUCGCCUUGGACGACGAUGGGCUUUGGUCAUCUCCGGUGUUGUGUUCAACAUUGGCUCCUUGAUGCAGACUGUCUCGUUUGGCAACACUGCUGUGAUGUUCACCGGGCGUGCGAUUGGUGGUCUGGGAGUCGGAGCAGCAUCUAUGCUUGUUCCACUAUACGUGGCCGAGCUCUCGCCACCUGCCAUCCGAGGGCGCCUUGUCGGAAUCUACGAGAUCUUCGUUCAAGUUGGUACCUGCAUCGGCUUCUGGAUCAACUACGGAAUUGCCGUCAACGGCCCCUACGGCUCGAACGCCUGGAGGACGUCUUUUGCAGUGCAACUCAUACCUGGUGUCCUUCUCAUCAUCGGGAUGUGCUUUAUGCCAGAAUCUCCUCGGUGGUUGGCCAGAUAUCGUGGUAGCGAGGCAGCGGAGGCAGGUCUCAUCAAACUACGCAACCUGCCGCUGGAACAUGGAUACCUCCAGGAGGAACUCACGCUCAUCAUGCAUCAGAUUUCGGAGGAGACGAGGUUCGACGAGGGUAAGGGCAUCAAGAGCACCAUCAGGAUCAUCAGCAGGAAAGGCAACUGGAACCGACUACUUAUUGGUAUCACGAUGUUUGUCUUUAUGCAAUUUGCGGGCUCAAACGCAAUCAACUACUACUCACCCCGGAUCUUCAAGAGUAUAGGGCUCAAAGGCACCAACGCUGGCCUCUACGCCACUGGCAUCUACGGUGUUGUUCGCCUCAUCGCCAUCAUCAUCGCCAUGAACUUUGUCGUCGACCGUUUCGGACGCACGAAGAUGUUGAUGGUUGGCGGUGCCAUCAUGGCCUUCUCCAUGUGGUUCAUUGGCGCCUACGUCAAGAUCGCCGCUCCAAGCACAGCUGCCAGCACUCAUGUCAGUGGUGGUGGUUACGCGGCCAUCGUCUUCAUCUACAUCUUCGCUCUCGGAUUCUGUUUCUCCUACGCUGGCGUGCCGUGGAUCUACUGCGCUGAGAUCUUCCCGAUGAAUCUGCGCAGUGUGGGCAUGGGACUAUGCACAGCGACCCACUGGCUUUUCAACUUCGUCAUCGCACGCUCAGUACCUUAUAUGAUCACCAACAUAGGCUAUGGCACUUACUUUGUCUUUGCGAGCAUCACCACCAUUGGCAUCAUCUGGGUGUACCUGUUCGUUCCUGAGACAAAGGGCCUCACCUUGGAAGACAUGGACAGGAUGUUUGGCUCGCCAGACGCGGUGGAGACCAUGGAGGAUGCGAUCCAUGAUCUUGAGAAGGGCAAGAUCGAUGUGGUCGGAGAGCAUGUCGAGGUCGUCAAGUCAUGA